AUGUAUGAGUGGCGUACUACCCUCCGCCAGGAAGGAGUAACCCCGACACCGCGCGAAAAGGAAGUUGCUAGGACCCAGUUCCGGCAGCUCGCGAUAGAGAAAUGGAAGGAGAGGCUGGCCCACGUCAGGGUCGGUCUCAGAGCUGUCGGAGCCAUCCGCCCAGUAUUAGAAGAAUGGGUGGAUCGGCGGCCGAAAGGACUCCCAUUCAGGACGGUGCAGGUGCUCACCGGACAUGGAUGUUUCGGUGAGUACCUGCACGAGAAGGCGGGGCGCGAGCCGACGACGCGCUGUCAUCAUUGCGAGGAGGAAAGGGACACAGCCCAGCAUACGCUAGAGGAGUGUCCCUCAUGGGAUGAUGAACGCCGCGACUUGCGGCAGGUGGUGGGCGACGAUCUCUCGCUCCCGAUCAUCGUAGCAAAGAUGGUCGAGAGCGAGGAUGCCUGGGACGCCAUGGUCUCCUUUUGUGAGAACGUCAUCUCACAAAAGGAGGCCGCGGAGAGGGUCAGGGAAGACAAUCCCGAUGCUGACCCAAUCCGCCGGAGGAGGGGGGGUGCACGGCGGCGAGCCUAUGAUCGCCAAGGCCCGUAG